UAUGAGCGGACCUGGGUGGUUGAGCAUGCCAAGCAGGGCUGUAGCCCGUGCAACAAGGGUCGGAGUAAUGCAGCAGCCGGCAACAGCCCGCCGACUACCGUGCUUUGGUGAUUGUAUGCCUAGUAAUGGAAGCUGGUGAUGGACCGGCGAUGUCAGUGAACACUGGAUAAAUAGUCUUUUGCUACACACACGUAGCGUCGACGUUGCACUUUUCCUUUGUGCCUUCCUUUCGAGCAGCCUUACCGAUCAUCGCAAGUCUGCAUCAUCCAAGCGUUCGAAACAUCACCAUUCCUUGGACUAUCGCUGAUAAACAUGAGUGGUGGCAAGCGAAGCCGUCACCGCCCGAACUCUGAGGGAAAUCCAGAGCUGACACAGACAGACAAUGGUCUCGCCGGAUGCAAUGUGUCGCAUGGCUUGACCAGCACGCACGCCAAAGGUGCGGCAGCAGCUUCGAAGUCGUGGUCCAGUGGGAUUACUGUGCGCAAAGAAACGCACCAGAAACGUGCCCGACUGUACGCAGUGAAAUCACUUUCCCGCAGGGUCAUCUGUGUCGGUCGUGUGGCAACGGAUGUCGUAUGAGGUAACGGGACGACAUGAUCGUCCUUGGAGAUGGCUCAGAGAUAUCGGUGCAUGAUAGAUGUUUUGGUUGCCACAGUUGGAGUUCAUGGUUGAAUGUGCACGCGUUCUAUUGACGACUCCUUGCAUGACACCAAACCCAUGCGGCUAUUAUGACAUGCGAGGUGUCGAUCAGGUCAGAAGCUGAACACCUUCAUAGCGAAGUGUUGCUCUUCAACAGGUCGUGUCGAUG